AAAAAUGGGAAUUAAAGCAGCCCCCCCCCCUCCAAAAAAAAAAAAAAAACAACUCGCAUAUUGGGAUGCAAUGAUUAUGAUGCUGUUAUGAUCAUGAGAAAGUUCAGAUUUCACAAAAUAUGCUGUUUUUUUCUUUUUUCGUGGUUCCACCACACCUAAAUUAACUAGCUCUUUACUAUGCUUCAAAUACUAAACAACCAAGCCUCUUUGGUACAAAGAAAAAAUUAACAUUAAAAACUAUUUCUUAGAUCUACUUUUUAGUAAGAUUGCAUGUCUGAACAAUGGUAAACAUUUAAAAGGGUUAAAGCAGUAAGAAAAAUAUCACAAAUAAUUGUUUGAACUUGACCAUUUCAUUUCUUCCUUAGACCCUCACAGGGAGAUACAAUGAUGAAGAGGUGGGCCUGUUAUAUUUAUAGAAAUAAAAUGAAUUUGCCAGGUACAGAACACAAGAAUAAUAUAACCAAUCCGUUUUCAAGUUUGAAAGGAUUGCUUUUGUUAAUAAAUAGCUUGGGGAGUAGGUGUGAAUUUUUUUUCUUUUCUGAAAAAGAAAAUAUCUAUAAGUUGGGCCAGAAAUUACUUACCACACCACAAAAUUUAAUUUAAUUAUCUAAAUUUUAAAUGCAACACAAGAAUGUAAAUAUCCAUCUGACUGAUCAAAUUGUGGCUCCAUUCAUUUUGCCAACUUUAUUAUAUCACAUGAAAAUUCACUUGAAUCAUUUUAUUUGGGUGGCUAUUUUCUGGCAACAUCGCAAAAAAUUCAAGACAAGUUUCAUUCACCUUAAAAUGAAACCUGCCUUUCAACGAAACAGUUUGAAAUACUUGUAGUUGACCCAACAGAAAAAUGGUAGAUGAAAUAGCUGCAUAAACUACACACAAAACAGUGAUUAGAUUUACUCUUUGAAAUAAUGUUGUCAUUAUCUAUAAUACAAAACAAUGUGUUGUCUAGCAUCAGACCUAUGUGCAACAUGCUUCACUUUAGCAAGGAAAAAUUCUGCAUGUCAGAAUCACUGAAUUAUCGUACACCACAUAAAAAUAAAUUGACACAUACUGCAAUUACCUCUCCCUAAAUGUUAAAUGCAAUGGCAGUGAAUUGUACUAAAAAUUAUGUGUAAGCUGCAUAAUCUCUAAACUAAUAUAAUUAACAUCUUUUCUUCAAAUUAAAUAAUAUUUCAGGGCUCUCUUCUUCUCUGCCCUUUUUUGAACUGAUAUAUCUGAAAUAAUUUUAAGAUUUCGAGAAAUACUCCUAUAUAUUACAAAUGUAGAAAAUGAAAUUUUACUAUUACAUAUUAAAUUUAAAAAAAUAUCUAUUAAUAUUUUCACAUACUAAUUGAAAUAUAUCCUCAAUGAAACAGGAUAAGUGACAUCCAUUUUAAUGUAUGUGACCAUCAGGAGAUGAAUUUUUACGGGUCCAUUAAUGUCAUUUCAUGCUGCAUUCCACCCACCAAUUCUAAUCAACCCAAAUAAAGAUGAUAAUUUUCAACUGGAUUCACACAUUUGAAUAAAAAAUUAUUGAAAUCAAUAUACAUAUUAAAAUAAUGAUUAUAAGAGUAAAUGGAUCAAAAUCUACAAAUCCAGGCCCUACUGAUCAUACAGCUAAAACUUAUUUGUUUAACAAACACUAAAUACUUAAUUGUACACUCAAAAAUACUCAAUUGUAUAGACAAUUCGAAACCCACACUAUACUAAUUUUCUUCUACUGUAGAUUAUGCAACUUCUAUCUGUAAAACAUUCAUUUUUAAACAGCAUAUCUAUAUCUAAGAUACUAUUAUACAACAAAAUGACAUUUUUACAUAACUAUGAUAUCAAGAAAUAACCAACUUAAAAAUUGAAGUUUAAAAUCAUAGUAGAUUCUUCAAAUUCCAAAAAGUGUUUAACAUAUGUAAUACUUUACAGAUGUUACAGAAGGAUAACGUGACAGAAGGAUAACAUACAAUAUUCUAUCACAUAAAUGACAGCAAGACUUCUUUCAAUAGGUAAUACCCAAAUGAAAAACUACUCACCUUAUCUUUUUUGUCCUGCCUAGCAUAUGGAAAACAAGGUAUAACUGCAGUCACUCGAGAAGCUGAUGCGAUUUUGCAGGCAUUUAUCAUAAUAAGAAGUUCCAUCAAAUUAUCAUUUACUUCUCCACUGCCACUUUGCACAAUAUAAACAUCUUCCCCACGAACACUCUCUCCAAUUUCCACACAGGUCUCCAAGUUGCUGAACUUUUUUGUUACAACCUUUCCAAGAUCUAUUCCCAAUCUAUCAACAAUUCUUUGCGCGAGGUCGGGAUGAGAAGUCCCGCUAAAAACUUUUAUGUUUGGCAUUCUGCUGCGAAGAUGAACGCUUGGCCUUUCUAAGUUCGCUCGGAUCAAACUCUUGGCACGUACUGGAUCCGACAAGACGGGCAUUACUGUAAGCAAGCACGUGACCAAUCACUGUUUAGCGGAAUGAGAUUUACAUCACUUCCUUUCUCAGAGAUCCCAUUCUCGUUCUCCACCCAUGAUGUGGGUAGGCAGCCUGAUCGUGGUGACUUGAACUGGUCAAACUAGAUUGACUAAUCUUUGCUAUUUCAAAAAUAAUUAUAUUUAUACCACAAAAGUUAAACUUAAACAUUAUGUUAUUUUAUCACCAGCUUUUUAUUUUAAAAUAGGUUUUACUUUACAUUUUGAUCGUAGCUUGCUUGAUUCCCGGUUAAUUACAUCCCUUUGAUCAGACGGUAACGAUUCAGGAAGCGGUGUUGUAUUGUGCAGCUGUGAAAUGCUGUGUAAGAAAAGUUAAAUUCGUGUUGGGAAACCCGUGAACUGAAUGGGAAGCGUGCCUAAAAUUGUUUGUGUUUUAACAUUAAAUUUAAGAUAUGUGUUAAAGAAGACCAUAAAGUGCAGCCAUGGCAAACAUAGCAGCUCAAAGAAUCAAACGAGAAUUUAAGGAGGUUAUCAAAAGCGAAGAGGUAGCAAAAUGUGCUAUAAAAGUUGAACUAGUUAAUGAUAAUUACACAGAACUUAAGGGAGAGAUUGCUGGCCCUCCGGAAACACCAUAUGAAGGUGGAACCUUUGUAUUGGAAAUAAAAGUUCCUGAAACUUAUCCUUUCAAUCCACCAAAGGUUCGAUUUAUUACUAAAAUUUGGCAUCCAAAUAUUUCAUCUGUAACAGGUGCAAUAUGCUUGGACAUUUUAAAGGAUCAGUGGGCAGCUGCGAUGACGUUGCGAACAGUACUUCUGUCAUUGCAAGCCCUUUUGGCAGCUGCUGAGCCAGAUGACCCACAGGAUGCGGUAGUUGCCAAACAAUUUAAAGAAAAUCAAGAUAUGUUCAAGCAAACAGCCCGCCAUUGGACAUCUAUAUAUGCAGGAGGGCCCCAUCGAAAUACUGAAUUUGACCUCAAGAUUCGACGACUUACUGAUAUGGGCAUUGAAGACCAUCAAGCAAGAGUAGCUUUAUCAUCAUAUAAUUGGGAUCUAGAAAGAGCAACUGAACAGUUGUUCAGUUAGUUAUUUUAAAGACAUUAAUAUUUCUGAUCAGGGAAUGGUACAUUAUCACAUAUUGUGCCCUGUUACUUUGCUUUAAAAGUUACAUUUUUUUAUACAUAGUGUCAUUUUGAAUAUGUGAUUAGAAAUGACACCCUAAACUGUGCUGUGGGCAAGAGGAAGAGGAAUAAAGGAUUCAGGAUGGUUGCAACUUUUUAACUACCCUUUAUUCCAUUGUUACAUUUCAGCCAGCUUUAGUUUGCAUUUGUUCCUUCCUUAUAUUUUAGAAAUCAAUUAACGCAGUGUGCAGAAGCAUAAAUAAUACACCUGAAACACCACUGUAUUUAUUCAUUAUGAACAAACAUUUAAAGUGUUUGCUUCUUUUUUGUUACUUUCUCUAGCCAUUGGAAUGCUCUGGAUGUUUGGUGUGUGUGUGUGUGUGGGGUGCUUAAAAUUUUUAUUGUCUCAAUGCCAUUGCAGGUUACACCUUGUAAUUAAAGCCCAGAACAGUAAUUCAUUCAUAAUAAUAAUAAUAAUUGAAAUUCAUUAAACCAGGUAAUAUUAUGAGCAGGAUUUGUGAAAUUGUUGCUCAUAUAAAGUAAUUAUUUUGUUGUGUUAAUUUGAUAGCUUUUGAGGGGAAAAUAAAUCAAAAAUUCUCAAGAUUUGUGACUAUUGCACACCUGAUUCCAGUGUGUGUCUCCUGAAAUAUGACAGAAUAUAGUUUCUCAACAAGAAUGUUUCAACCAGCACAUGAACCAAAUCUCCAGUGUUAACAUCCUUAAAAAUUUUGUUAUAUUUGUAUGUGUCACAGAGUUGUACAUAUAUUGUAAUUUUUUAGACAAUUGUGUGUCGUCAAGUAAUUGUAUAAAAUUAAGUCAAAAAGUAAUAUAAUGAUGUGAAAACGUUUAUCCACUGUGCUGCACUUAGUUAAAUGAGAAGUUUUAUGCAAAUGAUGUAGGCAGUUCAGGCAUCUUAAAAUAUUGAAACCUUCAUAAGAAGGUGCACUCCUGUUGUGUAAUUCUUUAACAUUUCUUGUAGGUGAUUGUAUAGAACAUAAGAUCAUCCUGGCUUAUUUAUUUGUAUUUUCAAAGUUUCAAUUGAAAUAUUUGAUAUGUUGUUAAGUUGCACAUGGAAUACUGGAAGAGGAGGUUGUGUACAUUUGUGUAUUAUUGUUAUGGUCUAGGAUUUUUUUUUUUAUAUUUUUUUAAAAAAAAAUUAAUUUUAGUUUUGUCUUUACUUAUAAGAAUAUUCAUAUCCCUUGAAGCUACUUGCAUAGUUGAUUAAAGUCUCUUAAAAAAUAAAAUGUUAUGUUUAUUUUGAUUCUACAAAUAUUCCUUAUCAGGAGGGGGG